AUGCCCAGUGACUAUGAAACCGCAUGUCCAAAAGAGAAAAUAUCGCGCGACCUCGGCUCGUUCUUACGAUUAAACUAUUUGUCUGCUAGGAUAAUUCCUCGAAUUUUCUUCUCGUUUGAAUGCGAUAAUCCGAUGUUGGAAAACACGAAGCACAACCCAACAACCACUUGUUCUACUUCAGAUCGAGCAGUGGCCCAUCAUCUGCGAGGCGUUUAUCCUGAUAUCAGCGAGAAGACAGUUAGAAUCUUGGAAGAAAAUGAGAUUAAUGGCCGUACAUUUCUCGAACUUACAGAGGAAAAGCUCAUGCAAGAUGGCAUGAUUCGUGGACCGGCAGCUAAUAUAUCCAAGAACUCAAAGUAG